GGUCGCCUGUGUCAAUCUUGGGCAGAAUCUUUGAGCAUCACCUACCAAGAUGUUUUUUAUCAAAGAACUCACGCACACAAUCCUCCUACACCCGUCAUAUUUUGGACCACGAAUGCUCCAGUUCCUGGAAUCAAAACUAUAUUCAGACGUCGAGGGCACUUGCUCAGGCGCAUUCGGUUACAUCAUCGCCGUCGUCUCUAUUCUCGACAUUGGAAAAGGGAUGGUUCUUAGCGGGAGCGGUCAGGCUGAAUUCAUCACAAGGUAUCGUGCCAUUGUGUUCAAGCCUUUCAAAGGAGAGGUAGUAGACGGCGUAGUAAACAAUGUCAACAAGAUGGGCUUUUUUGCAGAAGUCGGACCCUUGACAGUUUUCGUAUCACACCAGCUCAUCCACCCAGACAUGAAAUUCGACCCAAACUCAAACCCUCCAUCCUUCGCUUCAGAAGAUCAGAUCAUCGAGAAAAAUACUCGGGUACGCUUGAAAAUCGUCGGUACGCGGGUUGAUGCAACUGAGAUUUUCGCCAUCGGAACAAUUAAAGAAGAUCAUCUAGGCGUCAUCGACUAGCGGCAAAGUCGUGUUUUUUUCGGGUUACUGAACAUCAAAUCUCGCUUUUCGAUCGCUGUGCUAUCAAAUUUAUUCACCGUUAAAUUAUUAUCGGCCUACACCAUCUAACUGUAGGUAGUCGUCCAUUAUGAAGUCUUCACGCUCUCGUUCAAGUGGUAUUAACGAGCUCGAGGAGAGUCCCAGUUAUUACACAGGGUUUUGACUGUUGUUUGAGUACUACAUUAAACAAUAGACUCAGAUGAGACAGAGAUAUAGCCACCGUUCGCAGCUAGGAUGCUUUCAAUGAUGGCCGAGUUGGUGAUACAGCCAUAACCUAGCCAGAGCUUUUGACUUUUUUUUGUUACGGAUUGCACCAAUUUCAAAACUUGAGGGCGUAUAACCAUUUUGAUUGAGUAGAACGAACCAAAGCUAUAGAAACAAGCUUCCUUGCAAAAGUACAUUAGCAUUGGCUUGUACCACACUGAAUACCAUCGAACCUAUGGUCUAAAUGGUAUAAUACAUGAUACUAAUUUGCGUCACAGGGAAAUUAGAUAUAUACCUCUAGGGCUUUGGGAACCUCUCCACAUUUCUCUCCGUUUGACUUUUGUCUUUCCCAAGUUUUUUUUGCAUUCUGCUACUUAUCGUCGAGCCCCCACGUCGAUUUGUAGCGAUCCUAGUGCACAAAACCCCAAUAGCACAACCAGGCUACCUGCAAACGCA